UUAAUAAUUUUAUUUUACAGAUGUAUUAGUCAUUUUUAAUAAUUUAAAUCAAAAAAAUGUUAUUUCGAUUAUUUAUUUUUAAUUUUUACAGUUUUUGGAUUUUAAAUCAAAGUUCGAUGGUUUCUUGUACUUUUAAUUUACAAGAAUAUUUUAUAUAUGUUAUCAAAGUAUUUAAUCAUAUUCGUAGACAGGAUGGAUGGGAUUUAGAAAGUUCGUAUUUUUUCAGGACAGGAGAAAACUCAUAUAAAAUGUUUUAUCUUAAAGAAAUUUUAACGGAAGCAGUAGAUGAAAACAAUUUUGUAAAUAAAAUACCAAUGAUAAACAUAUUAAUCAAUCUUAGAUACACUGAAACUGUGAAAGUAUUUAAACAUCUUUUGUGCCGUUUUGUUCAGAAAUGUGACGGAUUACAUAAUAAAAUGGAAUUUAUUAAUUGCUCUAAGGAAUUACGGAAAACAGUAAAUAAGUCAAGUGACAUGUUUCGAAAAUUGCUACAUGCUGCAGUUUUCUUAAGUAAUAUUAUUGAUGAACUAAAUAAAAAUUAUAAAUUAAAUUUAAUAAGUAUUAAUAACCAAAUGGCUCUAAUGUAUGGUCUUACAAAAAAAAAUGCCAGUGAAUAUAAUAGAAUACAUAUUGCUAAAAAGGUAGUAGCAAAUAUUAGAAAUCUGAUUUAUAAAUCAAUAGACAAAAAAACAAUAAUUGAACUUGACAAAAUUAAUAUAAAAUCGAUAUAUUUCACUGAAAAUUCAGUUCAAGCUACUUUACUCACUCUGUAUGGUAUAACUAUAAUGCCGGAUACUCAGCAAGUUACUGACACUAUUGAAGAUCUUUCAAGUACUUUAAAUUUGUUUUAUUUAACAACAAUUCAAAACGAAUUUCAAGGUCUGGGCUUUGAAAAGCUGAUAGAUCCUAAUAUUAUAAAGAACAUAGAACGACCUAACAAAGAAAACGUAAAAGGACUAUAUAAUUAUCAGCUAUCAUUCGAGUAUGAUAUGAAAGAAUGAGAACAUCUACCAGAUUUUAAUGAAGAUAUAUAAUAAUCAUCUAUUAUUAAUAAUAAUAAUAAUCUAAAUUUGUAUACGAUGAUGAUCGAUUUGAAUAAUUAAUAUUAUAUUUAUUAUAUUAACAAUAAAAAAAAAUUGUUUAAUAUUUAAAUUAGUUAUUAUUUAACUCUAUGUAGUUUUUAAUUAAUAAAUG